AUGCUCGUACCGCCACCAAACUACGGCAUGGUCGAGGAGAAUUUCUAUCGAUCCGGCCAGCCGGACCAGCUCAACUUCCCCUUUCUCGAGAAGCUUGGCCUUAAGAGCGUCAUCUGGCUAGCUCCAGAGGAGCCAGAACCAGGCUUCCUCGAUUUCUGCGUCGACCAAAACAUCCAGCUUCACCACCUCGGCGUGCUCUACAGCACAAACGCGUGGGAUCCAAUCACCGAGGAGGUCGUCCUCCAGGCCUUGCACCUCCUCGUCCAGCCCGCAACCUACCCGGUUCUCGUCAUGUGCAACCUCGGCAGGCAUCGCACGGGGACCGUCAUCGGCUGCUUCCGCAAGUUGCAGCGCUGGAACCUCAGCGCCAUCCUCGAAGAGUACCGCAGAUACGCCGGCCCAAAGGUCCGCGUCAUGAACGAGCAGUUCAUCGAGCUGUUUGACGAGGAGCUCGUGUUUGGCUGA